AGACCACCUAGAUGUCGCUUUAAAAACCUGAAACGCUUCACAUUAGGCUGUAAAAUGGAUCGAUGAGGAUGACUGGAAAAAAUCCAGAAAAAACAGCGUCCAAACGACGCGAUGUUACGCCGGAUAGUCGAAUGUUAAAUUUUUGGAGACAACAUUAUGCUAGCCAAAAGCGUCAGGUUGCACCAAACGGUUGCGGAACGCCUACUUUCACACCACCGAGGUGCAGGCAAAAUCCACUCAAUGGGCAGGUUCCACCUUUUGAAACUGAUUCAACAUACGGUACUCUAGAUCAUGGAUCUAGCUCUACAAACAAAGCUGGAAUUUAUGUUGCUCCUUGUGCUAACGGAAAAUUCAAUAGUUUAAGGGCUAACUAUAGAUCAAGAAGAAGCUAUGAAAAGAGAAGAAAGAAGAAAGUGUUUGUUGUUAUUGGGAUGGCCACACUUGGGUUUCUGUUGAUAUUAUGCUCAGUUUUGGCUUACAUUCUGUACUUUACACUAACGGAUGGAGAUCGAAUAGAAAUUGAAAAUUCCCCUGAGGAGAAGGGAUUAAGAGCUGUCCUCAUUCUGAAAAUAACCAAUUUUAAUUAUACAGUAUCCAUGAAUUCCAACGAUUCCUCAUCUUUUCAAACCAUAGCAAUACCACUUUGUGCAAAGCUAAAAGGAAUAGUCACAUCGGAAACUUCAUUGUCUGAGUUAUUCCACUCUUGUAACAUUGGGAAAUUGAGUCCUGGAAGUGUAAUAGCAAAUGCUCAAAUUUUAUUCACAAAUUUCGUAUCCGGCAAACAUAUAAAGGGGAUAAUAAUCAAAGAAUUAUCACAAAAUUCAUCUUAUUUAGGAAAUUUCCAUAUACAUGCAUCAAGCAUAAGUAUCGUUAUGAAAGAUUCUAUAAAGGAAUCGGUAAAAACUACGUCGAAGCCUAAAAACAGUAGCUUUGCGAGAGAGCUAACAUCGACCCAUCAGCCAACCGAAACGACCUCUAACAUUUUGAAUUUGACUGAUAGUAGAACCAGUUUAAUUAGCCGAAAUACCCCGGAACAGACAACACACGGCCCAUCAACAGGUACGGAAAUUAAAUUAACAGCAUCAGCAACUACAACCGCAACGGAAAAAGUUAAAAAACAUACAACAACCUCUGCAACAACCCCAAAAGAAAAUAGUACUUUUAGACAAACAACUAAAUUCUUCACGUGGCAAACUACCACUAGUAUUGACAAAACAACUAACAGCACUAAAACAACGAUCAGUUCUAUUGAGCCUGAAGAAUCAACUACAAUAAGCGAAAAUAGUAGUAUUACUGGUGUUGACGUUAAAACUACAUUGAGAACUACCUCAGAAAAUAAAGAAACUAGUCGAGAAGAGACGGCAAUGACAGACUAUUCUAACAAGGAUAUGCAUACGAAAACCACUAGAGUGAGAACCACUGACAAGACAUCUAAUCAUUCAACUUUUCGGGACUCAAGCUCCUUCACGUCAAAAAAAUCGAUGACUACAAAGAAGAACGUUGAAAAUACUACAAGACGUGUGUUUUUUACGAAGAGAGACAAUUCCACUUCCUCUACCUCUUAUAUAACCUCAACGACUUCCGGAUGGUUUAGCAUCAAUGAAACAACUUUAUCUAUUGAUUAUUCGUCAUAUUCUACUUCUAUAAAGAAAAACCCUUGUCAUUCCAAUCCGUGCACAAAUAAUGGAUCGUGCGAAAAUUUGGGCAAUAACUCUUUUAAAUGCCACUGCGCAUCUUGUUUAUGCUUUAAACACGAUUUCGGACCCAACUGCGAAAAUUCUACAAUCAAUGAGGCAUUUAAUUGCUCGACCAAAAGAGAUGGUUAUUACUCUAGUCCAAACUCUUGUUCACAGUUUUUUCAAUGUAAUAAAGGAGUAAGAUUAAAUAUAGAUUGUCCCAGGGGACUUGUUUUCAAUCCGGAGAUUUCUAAAUGUGAUUAUAUUCAAAAUGUUGCUUGUGCAUUAGAUUCUUUAAAAGAGCUUCAAAUUCAAAACAAAACGUAUUCGUGCAAGAAUAAUCCUUGUAAAAGUGGAUCUACAUGUCGAGAAAUUGGUCAAAUUGGAUUUGAGUGCCAAUGUUCAGAAAACAAAUGUGGCUGUCCAAAUUCUGGCAAGCUAUGUGAUUUUGGAUAUUCAUUAGACGAUUCUUGUUUAAGUAAAGAGAAUUCUUCUGACUCUGUUGAUUGUCUACAGCAAAUACAAUGUAUUACAGGGAGAUUGCCUCCAAGAGGAGGAUGUUCAAUAGAUCUUUUUUACGAUCAUGUUCAAAGAAUGUGCGUUCAUAAUUCAUCUGUAUCAUGUGCUCAAACUUAAUGAACAGUGCAAUAAAAGCAUUAUUUCAUAUUUUUAUGUUUACUAUUUUUACUGCAGAUUUGAUGUGACAAUUUGUUUAUUUUUUGUUUAUUUAUUUUCUUUCUUUUCUUUUGCAUGCAAUUAAAUACAGAAUUUUAAUGAAAC